UUCUCACUGUACCACCAUCUGCGCGCCGCCUUCGGUCCCCAAAAGACGUGUCCCGUACCGGGAGACGCAUACUCACGAAGGGACUGAUAAGCCACGGUUCUACGAUUCUACAACCCCAAGGCUGACGCGUCCUUCCCAAUCCCUAAGUAGUACACUAUGGCCUCUGCAUCUGGCUCAAACGCCCCAGUACCCCCAGCUACUGGUCGCUCCUCUCGCAUUGCUCCCCAUUCCCACAUCAAGGGCCUUGGUCUCAAUGCCGAAGGCUACAGCCAGACCGAUAGCUCAGGCUUCGUCGGCCAAACGCGCGCGCGCGAGGCGUGCGGCGUCAUCGUAGACCUGAUCAAGUCGCGCAAGUUCUCUGGGCGCGCUCUGUUGCUCGUUGGUGCGCCGGGGACAGGAAAGACGGCGCUCGCGUUGGCUGUGUCGCACGAACUGGGCGCGAAGGUGCCAUUCUGCCCGAUGGUGGGGUCCGAGGUGUACAGCACGGAGGUGAAGAAAACAGAAGUGCUCGCAGAGGUGUUUCGGAGGGCAAUAGGAUUGAGGAUCAAGGAGACGAAGGAGGUGUAUGAAGGAGAAGUGACCGAGCUGACGCCGACGGAGAGCGAGAACCCGCUGAGUGGCUACGGGAAGACGGUCUCGCACGUCACCGUCGGUCUCAAGACGGUGAAGGGCACGAAGCAGUUGCGACUCGAUCCUAGCAUCUACGAAGCGAUCCUGAAGGAGAAGAUUGUUGUGGGGGACGUCAUUUACAUUGAGGCAAACACUGGCGCGGUCAAGCGUGUGGGCCGCUCGGACGCUUACGCGUCUUCAUACGAUCUCGAGUCAGAGACGUAUGUCCCUCUCCCAAAGGGUGACGUGCACAAAAAGAAGGAGCUGGUGCAGGAUGUGACGCUAGGCGACUUGGACGCGGCGAAUGCACGCCCGCAGGGUGGGCAGGACAUCAUGAGUGUGAUGGGCAGCCUGGUGAAGAGCGGCAGGACAGAGGUGACGGAGAAGUUGAGGAAGGAGGUCAACAAGGUGGUGAAGGGGUACGUGGAUCAGGGCGUGGCGGAGGUGAUACCGGGCGUGGUGUUCAUUGAUGAGGUCCACAUGCUUGAUAUUGAGUGCUUCACCUUCCUCAACGCGUUGCUGGAGGACUCGAUGGCGCCGACGGUCAUCCUUGCCACAAAUCGGGGUAACUCCACCGUCAGAGGAACGGACGACAUCGUAUCACCUCAUGGCAUCCCGGUGGACCUUUUGGACAGAUGUAUGAUCGUGCGCACGGAGCAGUACACCAUUCCUCAAAUCAUGAGAGUCAUCGAGCUACGUGCUACCGUCGAAGGCUUGAAACUCGGCGAAAAGGUCACGGAGAAGCUGGCGACCUCAGGCGAACAGGCCUCAUUGAGAUAUGCGCUCCAACUGCUGACACCGGCGUCCAUCUUGGCGAAGCUCGCUGGGCGCGAUACCAUCGAGCUGGACGACAUUGGCGAGAUGGGCGAACUCUUCCUCGACGCAAAAACGAGUGCCGGCCUCAUCUCCUCCUCAGGGAGACAGAGCGCCGAUGUGACCAUGGGUUGAUUGACGGAUAGUACCUAUCUUGGGACGCGUAUAUUGUACUUUGGCUUGUACACCAGAAUCCAUUGCCCCCGUUUGGCCGGGUACCUGUACAUCUGUGCAUGCGUGGACUGUGCGGCGACGUAAAUAUACAUGAAAAUGAGAAAACUUCCGCACCAAUACGGGUUUUGUGCCCUGUGGUGGUUACGU